AUGAAAAUCAUAUUAUUUUGGCUUAAAACCAGACAGAAUGACAAUCAUAUUAUUUUUUUAUUUUAGUAGGUGACAAUAUAUAAUUGUACACUAUAAUAUAUUGUAGCUGAAGUUUCAACUAUCAUCGGCAACUAGUUGUUUUAUAACACAAUAGUAAUUAAUACAAGAAUCUUGGAUCUAUACACCCACCACUAACUCUUCUAUUAAUAGUUGACUUUAUCUGUCGAUGAAAAGGCCUCCAAGCAAUCCCCAAAAGACCAUGUUUGUCUCCAUCAUUAACUUAUAAUUACAAAUCACAAAACACAAUCAAACCCACAUCACAGAAUCACAAUCAGAUUCUUUCCAUCUCAUCAGAGAAACAUAAACAUGGUGAGACAAAGAAGGAAGUCAGAGAAAGAAGAAGAGAAGCGAGAACAGGAAGAUGGAGAACAAGAAGAUCAGAAGGUGCAGCCAAAGCAAAGAAGCGUGAGCAGAAGAAACAUGCAAUCUCUGGUGAUCGGGCUUGUUGGAGGUGCUUUGACUCUCGGGGCAUAUUCUCAGUCCUAUGUUUCUCCGGGCACAUCUAUCGGCGCUGGUCUUUUUGUCCUCUUCUUUGGCUUGCUUGUUAGCGAAGGUUUUAUCUCUCUUUAAGAAAUUGUUUCCGUAUAAGUAAUUUUAAACUAUGCUUUUGUUUAAUGUAUGUUGUUUACAUAUAUACAUAUCUAUAUGAGCAUCUUGUUUGAUUUUGUUUUAUUUAAAAACUGUUGGGACUCUUUUCCAUUAAUGUGAUCCAAUCCAUAUUGUUUCUACGGA